AAACGACUAAACACUUGUACUAAUCAUUUUCUUGUAAUCAAGACGAAAGGAGGAAAACAAAAAAGAAUGAAACCUUUCUCUCAAUUUUUCAUAUUUCUGGUCAUCGUUUUGGCAACAAGCUACAUUGAUGCCUUCACUAGAAACGAUUUUCCAGAGGAUUUCCUCUUCGGAGCCGCCACCUCUGCUUACCAGUGGGAAGGAGCUGCUGAUGAAGACGGAAGAACACCUAGCGUCUGGGAUACUUUCUCCCACUCUUAUGAUACAGGUAAUGGAGAUGUAGCAUGUGAUGGGUAUCACCAAUACAAGGAAGAUGUUAAGCUGAUGGCUGAUAUGGGCUUAGAAGCAUUCAGAUUCUCCAUCUCCUGGACAAGACUUAUACCUAAUGGAAGAGGACCCAUUAACCCAAAAGGUCUAUUGUUUUACAAGAACCUCAUCAAAGAACUACGAAGCCAUGGAAUCGAACCACACGUUACACUUUACCACUAUGAUCUUCCUCAAUCUCUUGAAGAUGAGUAUGGAGGAUGGAUCAACCGAAAAAUCAUAGAAGACUUUACUGCUUUUGCAGAUGUAUGCUUCAGAGAGUUUGGGGACGAUGUGAAGUUAUGGACUACAAUCAACGAAGCUACAAUAUUCGCCAUUGCGUCUUAUGGCGAAGGACUCACGCCGCCUGGACAUUGUAGUCCCAACAAAUUCAUCAAUUGCUCUACUGGAAACUCUUCUACAGAACCAUAUCUUGCAGCGCAUAACAUGUUGCUAGCUCAUGCCUCUGCUUCAAAAUUGUAUAGACUAAAGUACAAGAGUAAGCAGAGAGGAUCCAUAGGCCUUAGUAUAUUUGCAUUCGGCUUAUCUCCUUACACAAACUCCAAGGACGAUGAAAUCGCAACUCAAAGAGCUAAAGAUUUCCUCUUUGGCUGGAUGCUGAAGCCUUUGGUAUUUGGGGACUAUCCGAGUGAAAUGAAAAGAACCUUGGGAUCGAGAUUACCGGUUUUCUCGGAGGAAGAGUCAGAGCAAGUUAAAGGAUCAUCUGACUUUGUAGGAAUUAUUCACUACACAACAUUUUAUGUCACAAAUCGAGCCUCAGCUUCAAACUUUCCCAUCAUGAACCAAGGCUUCUUUAAAGACAUGGGCGUAUAUAUGAUCUCCACUGGGAAUUCUUCAUUAUUCGAGUGGGAGGCUACUCCAUGGGGUCUUGAAGGUGUUCUUGAGCAUCUAAAGCAAAGCUAUAACAAUCCUCCAAUCUACAUUCUUGAAAAUGGUAAACCGAUGAAACACGAUUCGAUGCUACAAGACACACCAAGAGUUGAAUACAUUCAAGGCUACAUUGGUGCAGUGCUCAACGCCAUCAAGAAUGGAUCGGACACGAGAGGUUACUUUGUAUGGUCGAUGAUUGAUGUGUAUGAGUUAUUGAGUGGAUAUACAACCAGCUUCGGAAUGUAUUAUGUGAAUUUCAGCGAUCCUGGUCGCAAGAGGUCUCCAAAGCUCUCUGCUUCUUGGUAUUCUGGUUUUCUCAAUGGUACAAUUGAUGUUUCUUCUCAAGAUACUAUUCAGUUGCAGAGAAAAUUCUCUGGCUCUUCUUCGUUCUAAUGUAUUUAAACUAAAGCAUCAUGGUUUGGUUUGGUUUGGUUUGGUUUGAGUUUGAGUUCAUCUAUCGUAUGAAACAAACUCAAUGAGUUGGAAAAUGGUUUGAUAAGAUUUGCAUAUGAAUAAUGAAUUGAUGUAGCUUUU